ACUUCAAAGUUAUUUAUCAACAACUCUCGAGCAAAUAUUAUAGUCUUACCAUUCUAAACAAACUACAAUGUAAAAUAAUAUCUUAAUUAUAAUCCCUAACCAGCUAACCUCCACAAAUCGUUCGAGGGAAUGCGUAUUGUUGGCCAUCUCAUUUUUGACACACAUGGCUGUGGUAAACAUAGAAAUGCAGCAUGCUAGCGUCUAGCUAGCUGUCAAACUAUUCGUCUAGUGAAAUAAGAGUGAAACAAACGUGGUUGAAGAUCGUUUAGUACUCAUAUUGACAAGCCUGUGUCUUCUCUCCAGCUGUGACGGRGAUGGAGGAGGAGGUGUCUCUGAGAGUGCUGCCAAUGGACCCAGCGGACCGGGGAACCCAGAGGGUCAGACUGGGCCCAGGGCUGAUGUCCUCCCUGGGGUUGGGGCUGGGCUCUCCUGUUCUGGUGGCUCUGUCUGGAGGGUCCUGUCUCUGUACUGCCUGGCCCAGGCCUGACCUGGCUGACGGAUUCAUACAGAUAGACAUGAAAUGUUGUUCUUCAAAUCUUAUCUUAAACAAAGCUACACCCACACACCUCAGCUCUAGCCCACUUCCCCCCAGCCCAUGCCUAAGUCGUAGCCUCACCCCAGUCUCCUGCCCCAAGCUGAAAGGCAUCAGAAUAACAGUGGUGGUUCAGAGUGUGGAGUUCCGGAAAACCACUCCUCCCAGUUUCAUCCAUGAACUAGUGAAGGACAUGCUGAAAGGGACAUAUGUCCACCAGAAGCACGUGAUAGAUGUGGGUGACCAUGACACGGACAUUAAACUGAUCGUCAUCGAGAGCCUGAACCCAGAGUCCACCGUGACUGGUUUGGUUACAUCUAAGACAGGGGUGGAAAUAAUGGGGACGAGGACCCUCCGGUACUACAGAGGACAGCUCCAGGAGCAGCCCCAGGUCCUACUGGGAGGACUGGAGGAGGUGUCAGCGUGUCUGAGAGAGAUGUUGCGCCUGCCUCUGCAGUACCCUGCUACCCUGGGCUCCCUGGGUCUGUCCUGCCCCAGAGGAGUGCUCCUUGCUGGGCCGCCGGGGGUCGGAAAGACCCUGCUGGUCCGCUGCCUGGUGGGGGAGGUGGGGGCCAGCCUGAUCACAGUCCGAGGACCAGAGGUAGUAGGGUCUCGGCCAGGGGAGAGUGAGGAGAGGUUGCGGGCGGUGUUUGGUCGGGCGCGGGCAGCGGCAGAGGAAGGGCCUUGUGUGUUGUUCCUGGAUGAGCUGGACUCUCUCUGUCCCAGACGGACUGGAUCCUCCGCACCCGAGAACCGGCUGGUCGCUCAACUGCUCACGCUCAUGGACGGCAUGGACCAAUCAGAUCGCUUCCUCAUCGUAGGAGCCACUAAUCAGCCGGACAGCUUGGACCCGGCGCUACGGAGGCCCGGGAGGUUCGACAGAGAGGUGGUUAUCGGUGCCCCCACAGCACAGCAGCGGUUAUCCAUCCUGUCAGUGCUGUGCCGGGCCAUGCCAGUGUGUGUCAGUGUGGACUGGGCAGAGCUGGCCCAGAGGACUACAGGGUAUGUGGGUGCUGACCUCAGUGCUCUCUGCCGUGAGGCUGCCAUGCUGGCUAUACGACACAACACACAGGGUUCAGGGGAGCAGACUAUCACCAUGGAACACUUCCUGUCUGCCCUGAAGACUGUCCGUCCAUCCUGUCUGAGGGGCAGUCUGGGACGGACAGACCUCCCAGCCGUCUCCUGGGAACAGAUAGGAGGCCUGGAGGAAGUCAAAAUCAAACUACAACAGAGUAUAGAGUGGCCGAUGCGUUACCCGGAGGCGUUUGUGCGUCUGGGUCUGUCCCGUCCCAGGGGGGUGUUGCUGUACGGUCCCCCAGGCUGUGCUAAGACCACCCUGGUCAGGGCUGCAGCCACCUCCUCCCACUGCUGCUUCCUGUCAGUCAGCGGGGCUGACCUCUACUCUCCAUAUGUAGGAGAUUCAGAGAAGGCCCUGGCUCAGCUCUUUCGUCAGGCACGGGCCUGCGCUCCCUCCAUCCUGUUCCUGGAUGAGGUGGACUCUCUGAUUGGCUCCCGGUCAGAAGGCCAUGUCCCUCAGAGUGCUCAGACUCGCCUCCUGUCUGUGCUGCUGAAUGAGCUGGACGGGGUAGGCUUUAGGACCCUGGAGAGGAGAGGAGCAGGGAAGAUCCUACAGGCUGAGGGAGUGGAGGAGCGCCACCAACAGGAACAUUUGGAGUACCAGGAGGUGUGUAACAAGGAAGUGAUGAUCGUAGCGGCCACUAACAGACCAGACUCUCUGGACAGUGCCCUCCUAAGGCCUGGAAGACUGGACCAGAUCAUCUACGUACCCCCCCCUCUUUCUCCAGGCGGUGUGUCCAUCCUGCAGGUGUGUACAGAGAAGAUGCUCUGGAUGAUUGUGUGUCUGGAGGAGCUGGCUAGACACACUGACCUCUACUCUGGAGCAGACCUGGAGAACCUGUGCAGAGAGGCGGCUCUGUUGACCCUCCAGGAUGAAAGUAUGGAAGCUUCUAGUAUCAAACACCGAUACUUCCUCCAGUCUUUACAGAGGAAUCCCUCUCUCUCGACCCAGCAACUACAGACAUACAAAAACCUCUUCAGAUGACGCGUUGGACUUGGAAAAUAAAAAUUACAUUUAGUUUCCUUU